AUGGAGUGCCGGCAGCGCCUCUGGACCCUGCUCGGCUUCCUGCACGCUGUCCUCAGUCUGUGCCAGUCUCACCCACAGCCGUGCCAUAUCCUGAACCGGAUCGGACACACCGUGAGCCUGGGCACUGUGCUACCCUCUCCCCGGAAAGCCCUCCUGCAACAAGCGCUGCUCGAAGGAGUGGAGGCGGCUUUAAGGGACAACCUCCUGCCCUACAACCUGAGCCUAGAGAUGGUCAGCAGUCAGGGCUGGCGGCCCGACCCGCAGUCCCUCCUGCAAUCCAUCUGUCAGUCUGUCGUGGUCCGGGGAGUCGCGGCCGUUCUGGCAUUCCCACAGUCUGCCGACCAACUGGUGCAGAUGGAUUUUUUAGCAUCUUUCCUGGAGAUCCCUUUCAUCAGUAUCAUGGAGCAAGGAGAGGGGCUGGCCACUGAGAAUCCUUUACAUCUGCAGAUGAGCAUGGAAAGCUCAGUUACCUCUUUGAUGGAUUUGCUCAUCAAUGUCCUUAAAACCAACUCCUGGUAUGAUGUCAGUGUGAUUUUGUGCCACAGCUGGGAUAUCUCCAGGUUCCUCAGUUACCUGAGCAACAACUCGAACUUUGAACUGCGGGCUUUGCUCAACUUAACAGACAUGGAUGAUGCGGGCAUCAUUCCCUUUUUACACGAGAAAUUGAAUGACUUAAAGGACUCGUCCACUUCGGUUUUGAUGUUCAGCAGUAAUGCCAAAUGUUCUGAAUUCGUCUUCGAAACUGCAGCCGGCCUGGGUUUGACCUCCCCUGAGUUUCACUGGGUUAUUGGUCAUCCUCUGAACGUUGAGGACCUGCAAACCACAGGCCUACCUCUGGGUCUACUUGCCUACGGUGAAGUGAACAAACCAGUUCUGGGAAAUUAUGUGAGGGAUGCAGUGGAGCUGAUAGCUAGAGCUAUAUCUACUGCGGUGUUCAUCCGGCCUGACACAACACUCAUCCAAAGCAUGGUGAACUGUAAUGACAAAAAGAAGGAAGGUGUGCUAUCUUCAGGUCAAUAUCUUUCAAGAUUUUUGGCAAACACAUCGUUUGAUGGGGUAACAGGUUAUAUUCAUGUACAGGAGGCAUCACACAUCCGCAGUGAUCACCGGUACCAUAUCUGGAACCUGCGGCAGGAUCCAUUAGGAAAACCCACUUGGGUGAGAGUUGGCAAAUGGAACCGCCAGAAAAUUGAGAUUGAACAAAGUAUUUGGCCCAGUAGAAUUCAUAACGAAAUAAAUGAGGGCAGCAGCUCACCUCAUUCCAAGCUGCGAGUGGUCACCUUGGUAGAGUUGCCUUUUGUUUUUACCAGGGAGGUUGAUCGCGACGGUAGUUGUCCCGCAGGCCUCUUGUGUUUGGAUCCUCACACCAAAGACCCCGCUGUGCUGACACAGCUGUUUGAAGAGCUGAAUAAUGAAAAUGGAUCAGUGCCGACGGACUACAAGAAAUGUUGCUAUGGUUACUGCAUGGAUCUCCUGGAGAAGCUGUCAGACGACCUUGGUUUUGACUUUGACCUGUACAUUGUUGGAGAUGGGAAGUAUGGUGCCUGGAAAAAUGGUGGAUGGACAGGAUUGGUGGGUGAUCUCCUCAGUGGUGCCGCCCAGAUGGCUGUGACAUCCUUUAGCAUCAAUUCAGCACGCAGCAGGGUGAUAGAUUUCACCAGCCCCUUCUAUUCCACCAGUUUAGCCAUCCUCGUGAGGACUCGGGACACAGCUGCUCCCAUUGGUGCUUUCAUGUGGCCGUUGCACUGGUCAAUGUGGGUUGGGAUUUUUGUGGCUCUCCACCUCACAGCCUUGUUUCUGACACUUUACGAGUGGAAAAGCCCAUUUGGAAUGACACCCAAUGGAAGAAAUAGAAUAAAAGUGUUCUCGUAUUCCUCGGCUCUUAACUUAUGUUACGCCAUCCUCUUUGGACGAACCGUUUCUAGUAAGACACCCAAAUGUUGGACUGGGCGUUUCUUAAUGAACCUGUGGGCAAUCUUUUGCCUCCUUGUCUUAUCCAGUUAUACUGCUAAUCUUGCAGCUGUCAUGGUCGGUGAGAAAACCUUUGAGGAACUUUCUGGGAUUCAUGACACUAAGCUUCAUCAUCCAUCUCAGGGUUUCCGCUUCGGAACAGUGCGAGAGAGCAGUGCUGAGGACUACAUGAAGAUGAGUUUUCCUGAGAUGCAUGAAUACACAAGACGGUUCAAUGUUCCGACUACAUUGGAUGGAGUAGCACAUCUGAAGAGUGAUCCAUCAAAACUGGAUGCAUUUAUCAUGGACAAGGCUCUGUUGGAUUAUGAAGUAUCAAUUGAUGCUGAGUGCAAGCUGAUAACAGUAGGGAAGCCAUUUGCCAUUGAAGGAUAUGGAAUAGGCUUGCCCCAGAACAUAGGGUUAAACUCCAACAUUUCUGAAUUGAUCAGUCGCUACAAAUCUGAUGGAUUCAUGGAUAUGCUGCAUGACAAGUGGUACAAGAUGGUCCCAUGUGGAAAACGAACGUUUGAGGUGACAGAGACAUUACAAAUGGGCAUCAAACAUUUCUCAGGGCUGUUUGUUUUACUGUGCCUGGGCUUUGCUGGAUCUUUACUGACGACUGUUGGGGAACAGGUUGUCUAUAGGCUGGUCCUCCCAAGGAUUAGGAAACGGAAAAGAUUUAAGUAUUGGCUCCACACAAGCCAGAAAAUCCAUCGCGUUUUAAAUAUGAACUUUGAAGAGCAGAAAAUUCAGAAAGUGAAGACAGAUAAAAGAUGCACCUUGAAGAAGAUCCAGAAGGUGCCACCUACCACAGUACGAGUGACUUCCCAAGCGAGGUGGAACAAUGUGAGGAGGGCAGUGGUCAAGGGUAACAGGAGGGCCCCAGCUGAGUUUCAGGCUUGUCCACGGGAUCGUUACAUGAUCAAAUCAGAAAUGGAAUCGCCUGGUGUGAUCUGCGAGAACGGAGGGAUCGAGCAUUGUCAGCAGGGUGAGAGGAACACACACGACAAUGAAAUAAAAGAACUGGAGCAAAGGAUACAGGUGAUCAAAGAGCAGCUGCGAAUUGCCAUGAACAAGAGAGAUGAAUUAGCUGCUUGUAUUGAGCUGCCUACAGACGGUCUCCAAACUCCUACGUACACUGGCAGUAAAGAAAAUCAUGACAAGAGGUGAUGGUGGCCAUGAGUUUACACAUAAAUGGACCUUUUGAUUGAAAAAAAAGACACAUUGGCUGCAACCUUUCAGAGAUCUUCACCUGACCAUUUGGAAUUCCAUGAAAGCACAUUUCAGAGCACUUCUGCUGCAUGAGCAUCACUUGCAAGCUGAUUUAAAUAGAAGUUGACAUUAACUGAAGCAAUUAUUUUUUAACUAUUACAGAAAAUUCAGGUGCUUUUACUGAACCUGAAACAGAGCAACUUCCAGGAUGUUUAAUAAUAAAGAUCUUAAGUCUAUGUAUUUAAAAUCUGAAUAAUAUUGGAGCAGAAUCUGAGGAAAUCUACUU